CCAUGCAUGAAUAAGUAAAUCAUUUUAUUUGCGAAGCCAAACGCGCACGUCCAGCAUUUCGGAGUCUAUUGAUUUGAUUUAACGGGUCAAAGUCCUGAAAACAGGCGUCGGUUUUCACAGAAAAAAUAUAUUAAAAUCUAACGCGAUCCGCAUUGGAUUGUAGUCUGGACGGAUUUUAAUGGCUUUAGCUUUAGCCAGUUAGCCUGAGCUGUUUGUGUGUUUAUAUUAACUGCACACGAGCAGCUUCCUAUUUUAUUUCGAGUUUCAUGAAUAAGACGUUUAUUCUCGUUAUCGACGAUUGAUGCUGUUUACAUGAUCGACUGAAGAUGUGAAGUGUUGACCGAUCUUCAGGGAGGAUGAUGGUGGUGAUGUAGUGUUUGUUUGUUUAGCGUUGGAUGACAGAAGGAGGGCGAGAACAUCACCCAGAUCUGCUUCACUUCACGUGUCCAUGAUGGAGAAGAGCGACAAGAGGCCUGGAUACUUCGCCAGACUGAAGAAGAAACGGCUGAUGAAACAGAGCCAAUUAGAGAAAGCGGAAGCUGAGCAGAACCAAUCAGAUUCAAAGACGCCAGUCAUCUGUGAACCUGCUCUUAUUGGACAAUCUAAAGAGAAGAAUCCAGAAGAACCCGGCAAACCCGAGAGAUGCCAAAGUGAAGAUGUCAACAGUAAAUCAUGCAACCAGAACAAGAAAGAAAAGAAUAAACCUCCAGGAACUGUGGAGUAUACCGUUGGACCAAAGGACACUCUGAACAGCAUUGCUCUAAAAUUCAACAUUACCCCUAAUAAACUGGUGCAUUUAAACCGGCUGUACUCGCACAGUCUUGUACCUGGACAGAAACUGUUUGUUCCUGAUGUGGACCAAGCAGAACGUGGCUCUCAGGUCAAUGGUUCUUCUAAACAGAUCAAUACAGACUCUUCAGAGAAGCAGGACGGCGAGUCGAGCUGCAGGUGUGGACUGCCGGUACGUAGAGAGACGUCACCGCUGUCUGAGGAUGAGAGUCUGGCUACCGUCAAAUUCAUCAAGAUGAGCUGCAAGUAUUUCACUGACGGCAUGGGUGUCGUCGGAGGAGUGAUGAUUGUAACGCCCAAUAACAUCAUGUUUGACCCACACAAGUCUGAUCCUCUGGUGAUUGAGAACGGAUGUGAGGAGUACGGUCUCAUCUGUCCAAUGGAGGAGGUUCUGUCUGUGGCGCUGUAUGAUGAUGUGUCCCGUAUGAAGCUGAAGGACGCGCUGCCGUCUGAUGAACCCCGGGAUCUCUGUCCAUUAUACAGGCCGGGAGAGUGGGAGGAGCUUCCCUCCGAACAAGACCUCAACCCGUUUAGCCGUUACGAGGCGCUCGGCGCGCCCAACCGACCGAUCAUAUUGGAUGAUAUAGAAACGGCGGUCUCGGAGAUCUUGGACAAAUCGCCAUCAGAUGAAGGUUUUACUGAACUAGAACUGCUACAGAGUGACUCUAUUACUACCUGCCCCAGCCAGGAGGGGGCGUCAUUUCACGACGACUGUGAACCGAAAGAGACGACUAACAGAUCGGACCAAAAAGACGAAAGCUUGAGGUGCUGUAAUGUUGAAGAUGAAGGACUUAAUCGUUCCACAGAGGAUAGCGGAGUGCUGCUUCAGUCUCUUCCAGACAGUGUACGUGAACCCCCAACACAACUGCAUGAUGUGACCACAAAAAGAGAUGAAACGUUAGUAAACGGUGUCACGACCAAAGAUGCGACAACACAGGACCAAAACAAGAUGGUGAGCUGCAGUGAUGUCACAGAUGACUCUGUGACCUGUAGCCAACCUGUAGACGACGCUGAAGUUAGACAAAAGGAAAAUAAGGGACCAAAUUCGGAUGCUGAGAUUUCUGAAGCGGAGCAACGCAGGCAGGCCAAUCAGGCUGAGAUGAAAUCAUGGCUGUUAAAAAGAAUGCAGGGACCAAUCGAAGACAUGCUGCUAUGCCAUGAAGAAAAGAGCAAAACUCCGCCCAUGUUCCUGUGCUUUAAAGUGGGAAAGCCAAUGAGGAAGUCCUUUACUAUUGGUCUGACUUCCAGCCCCACCCAUAAUUUUGUUGGCAGGGGACGACAGCCUGAAUACUGGUUUGCUGUGCCACAAGAAAGAGUGGACCAAUUAUAUUCAUUCUUCAUUCAGUGGUCUCCAGACGCAUACGGUAAAGAGGCUCAGGAGCAGGGCUUUGUGGUGGUGGAGAAAGACGAGCUUAAUAUGAUUGAUAACUUCUUUAGUGAUCCUGUUCCUCGCAGCUGGGAGAUCAUCACAAUUAAUGAGGCCAAGCGACGGCAGAGUUUUAUUUUUGAGGAUGAGGAACCUUUAGAUCUUCUUCCGGUGCUGAUGGAUCCCAGUGUGCUUCUGGAGGACACCCACAUUGAGAAGUUGGCCACGCGUUUGCCCGCCCGUGUUCAGGGUUAUCCAUGGCGUCUGGCCUACAGUACAGAGGUACAUGGAACCAGUUUAAAGACCAUGUAUAGGAACCUGUUGGAGAUAGACAGUCCUGUACUGCUGGUCAUCAGAGAUAUGGACAAUCAGAUUUUUGGAGCGUUUUCCACUCAUCCGUUCCGAGUGAGUGAGCAUUAUUACGGGACAGGAGAGACGUUCCUCUACACCUUCUGCCCUGAGAUUAAGGUUUUCCGCUGGUCUGGAGAGAACUCAUAUUUUGUGAAAGGAAACUUAGAUUCCCUUCAGAUUGGAGGUGGAGGUGGUCGUUUGGGUCUGUGGCUGGACGCUGACCUGUAUCACGGCACGACAUCCAGAUGCUCCACCUUUCAUAACCUCCUUCUGUCCUCCAAACAAGACUUCAUCGUCCAGAACCUCGAGGUUUGGGCGUUUGAAUGAGCUGCUACACCAGAAACACGCAUAGACACGCUUUACCAUGUGCACUGUGACGCGCUACGGCCAGCACGGCAUGACGUACGAAAAGACCCACCCCAUCUAUUCGAUCUCGGGUGUCGCUUUUUACCGCACCGUACGAAGUAUUCGCUCAUACUUGACGUGGUUUUACUCGGUUCAGCCUGGUCUGAGCUUUAGACAUGAAUGCCAAGACGGAUAUCUGUGGUAACCUGAAUCUUGAAUGUCACCUACAGCUUUCCCAGCAUGCAAUAUAUUCCUAAAAAAUGUAACCAGUAUAUAAACACACGUAUAUGUUGACUGAAAUGAGGAGCAGUGUGUUAUGCCUGAAAACUUGUAUCUUUUAAGACAACAAAAACCUGAUAACCACUAUUUAGGGGCCGACUGUGGGCCAGUCGUAUGAAUAGAAAGUGCUUAAUGGUUUACAACGUGGAGAUUUAAUGCAUUUAGCUGCCGUAUUGUCAUGUUUGUUUAAAUGGCGAGAAGGUGAAGGAUGUAAAUGAUACCGGGGAGAUAUUCAUUCAGCUGGAGAAUUUAAUACGAUGACGACAAUUAUUUCUGCUGUUUGUAGACCAAAUUCAUUGUGUCAAUUGCAAUAGUGCAGAAGUUCGUCUGUAAACUGUGGGCUGUAUUUUUCACGUUAGUUUGCGAGUAAUGAUGUAUUCCUGGAAUAAAUUUUUGUUUCGACCAAAGCAUUUUAUUUGCUUUGUUCACACGUGACAUAGUUUUAUAUUCAGUUUUUUAUUUUUGUGUAUUUAAAAAUGAUUUUUUUAUAAAUUUGUAUUGAAUGUGAAAUGCGUACUCGGCGAUAGUUUUACUGUUUUGUGAUAUUUUGGGGACCAUUUCUAAUCGAGAGUUCAUUUGAAAGGGAAGCACUUGAAAUGAAGAGAUGCCAGUAUUAUCUGUGUUAAUAGCACGACUGAUUUCACUACACAAACACACACACAACACUUUUGCAAAAAAUGACACUUCAUGUUUGAGGAUUGAUGUGAGCACAUACACGAUGCAAGCUUUAUUUUAGUUAUACUUUAUUUUAAGGGUUUUUUAAGGAAAAGUUGUUGGAGAUUUUAAAAAGUGUCCAUUAAUAUCACUACAAGACAGCAUUGUGGGCAUUUCAAAAGCAAUUUUUGUGUCCUUGUAGGAAAACGUUGCUUACGAAUGUUUUCACUCUUAAGUAUUUUGUCUUUGAUUUCAAACUCGAACACUGUGCUGUGGUAGCCAAUGUAUGUAUUUUGUGUAUUUUCUGUGUUUCAAAGUAAACCAAAUAAAUGCAACUAAUGAAAGAGACACAA